CUCAUGCUUAACGUAGUGUUUAGGCAGCCAUGCUGAAGAAGAUGACAACCCUUUCAGCACUGCUGGCACUGAUUCUGGUUGAUCUGCUAAAGGCACAAGGUACCCCUGUUACUCCUGUGCUUGAGACAACAAGUGUGGAGCAAAGCAGAGAUCCCAGCAUACAACCAAGCACAGAGCUGCCCCUGCCCUACAGCAGAGACCCAUACAAGGAGGAAGGCACGGAGCAAGUUGGGAAUAAUGGAGUGCAAGAAGGUGAACAGGCCACUUGGGAGCUGAGCGGAGAGCCAAGUACUGAACCUACCCCUGAGCCAAGCAUGGACCCAAGCAAAGAACCAACCCAGGAGUCAACCACCGAAAUAUCUGAAUAAAUUACCAUAUUAAAUCUCGGUGGAAAAGAAACAGCCACAUAUACCUAACAGAGUUGGUUUCGCCACACAAGAACACACAGGCAGUGCCUGCAGCAAGCUGGAUGGUGGAGUAGUUCCUAAAACUACAGCUUGCAGGAAAACUGUAACUACAGCCUUCAGGUCAAGAACCCUGUCUAGUUCAUGCUUACUGUACAAGGUUAAUUACCUAAGAGGUGACCUGUGCUGCUCUGCUUGCAGAAUAACCUGAAAUAAAGAAUGUCAUUGCAACUACAUGCUUUGUAUUAUUGUAAAACCUCCACCUGAACAAAAAGAAAGACUUUAAGGUAUUUUUUUUCUAGUUUUUUUCUCAAACUUAUCUCAAAGAACUGAUGA